CAAAACUCCUAAUUUAAAAUUUGUUAAUUGGAUUCCAGGUUUGCAUACCGAUCCCGGGAUGGAUUUCUUCCAUUCAAGAGAGAAGAGACAUGGCAAAAGAGCAGGAUUGUUUGGUCACAAAAGUGCGAGCAAGAGCAACCCGUCCAGCCCUCCUCAUCUUCCUGAGGCUCGGUCUCUGCCGACAACUCAUUUCGGUAUGAAAAGAUCAGAAUCAGAGCACGCGUUUCCCAUCUCCGAUGAACAAACCACUCACUGGAAACAACAGCGAGCCUCUGAACGCAUUCCCAAUUCCCACCAACGGCCUCCAGUCUACAGAUAUAGCACGCCCGAGCGUCCUAGAGAGCCUGAUGAGGAUGUGACCCCAAGGAGCAAUGGUUCUGGAAGCCCUUUUCGAUCUGCAAGAACCCGCACACCUGAUCGCCGUAGGAGGUCUAGCGAGUUAAGCAAAGAGCUGUACGAGAGAAUGUAUGAGGCAGAGGCCAAUGUGAGCCCAUUUCACCCCUCUAGAAGCCGUUCUCCAGCUCCCUACAACACCCAUGACCGUGGAAGAGACUACAGUAGAGAAAGAUAUGAAGCUAAGGGCAAUGUAACUUCGCGGAACAGCGCUCCUUCGAGCCCAUUUCAUCCAUCCAGAAGCCGCUCUCCACCGCAACACGCAAGGACUCAGAGAUACAACAACGGAAAAGAUCAUUUCGAGGGGAUGUACGAGGCAGAUGCCGAUAUCACACCGCGUAACAGCCCUCCCAUGAGUCCUAUUCAUCACACCACGAGCUACUCUCCACCACCGCCAUUCUACUCAUCCAGCGACGACGAAGACGACAACAAUUCCACCUAUCUUUUUCCAGAAAUUGCAACAGGACGUCGUUCCAGGGGAGUCUCAGGGAGCAGCACGCCGGUUCACUACAAGUAUCAGAUCACAUCGGUAGAGACUUACGAGCAAGACAGGCAAUUCGAGCCGCCGGAGCUGCCGGACGAGUCUGAGAGCUUCACGAUGCACGAGAUCGCCAAAAUGCGCGGACUCCAAAGCUACGACAAGGAAGAGAUACAGUUGGCGAUCUCCGAGACUUACGUCUCCGUCGCCAAUUACAAGGUGCGGAUGAGCGUCGCCGCCACGCUCGAGGCGAUUAUUGACAAACACGGUGACAUCGCCGCCUCGUCGAAGUUGCAAUCUACCUCAACGAGGUCGUUUUAUCUCGAAUCCCUAGCCGCAGCAGUGAUGGAACUGAAAUCAACGGCGUUGAGAGAUCUGACGAAGACGCGGGUGGCGGAGAUCGCAGCGGUCGUGAAAGACAUGGAUUCGGUGAAAAUCGACGUAUCAUGGCUGAAAACAGCCGUCACGGAGCUAGCGGAGGCGGUGGAGUACUACGGGAAGUACGACACGGCGAAAAUCGUGAGAGAGGAGUGCGAUAGGGAAAUGACGGAGGGGAAAGAAGAGAUGGAGGAGCUAAGGGAGGAGCUGCGGCGGAGAGAGAAGGAAACGAAGGAAUGUAGAGAGAGAGUGACGGCGAUGGCGGGACGAUUGGGGCAGCUGGAGAUGAAGGAAGUGAGAGUGAAGAAGAAUCUGGAGCUGUUUGAGAGCAAGUUUUGUAUAACGUGGGAGGUUCUAUCGACAAAGCUCUCCGACGAAGGUGGUGUUGACGAGCAAAGAACGAGAUCUGCUUCGAUUGCAGUACGAAGGAUCCGACUUGGGUAUAUAGGUGUUUUACCUGGAGGAAAGGUAAUUCCGACGAAUAGACAGACAAGAAGAGCACUGAGUAAUAUAAACAAGAACAUCAUCGGAGCUCCUGUUUAUCCUUCUGCUGUCAACAAGAGACCAUUCACCAAGAAGAAUGGGAUAUGUAACAAGAAGAUUCCACUCCAUUGCAUCGUCCGGUUACUAGGUCGGAAAUUUGCUGCUCAGUUAGCUGAGAACAAUCCCCAAAUCUACAAGGAGGAAACCAAGAAACCAGAGUUGAUUUCGAACGAAACAUUAGAUAGAAUCAUAACAGAUGUGGAAGAAGGAGACUUUAAUGAACCAAUGUUUGUUCAACACACUGAAGCCAUGCUUGAAGAGAUUGACCGAAUGGAAGGAAUUGAAAUGGAAGAUUCAAAUGAUAUUGAUGUUGAAGUAGAAGAGUCUGUGAUGGAUAUAGACAGCUGUGACAAGAACAAUCCUCUAGCUGUAGUUGAAUACAUUGAUGACAUAAAUUGCUUCUACAAGAAAAAUAUUGGUUACAUAUGGGAUUUUCAUGUUCUUGCAAGCAUUGGAUCAGAUUCUAAAGGAUGUGUUUGGGUGUUUAUGAGCAUGUUUGACUUCAGACAUGGUGGAUCUAACCAGAUGCUUUUGAUGGAUAAGAAACGUGGAAGCAAAAGAAUCAUAGGUAAUAAUGGAAUGUUUGAGACUAAGGUUGAGAAGCAGCUUACUUGUGAUUGUGAGGAAAGUGAAGCUGAAAUGCAGAGUGUCAAGAUACUAAGAUGAGAUUGAUGAGAAGUCUAAGAAAGGUAAGAGGUGUUUCUGUAUUCAGCAUUUUAUAUAAGACUAUGAUGUUUGUUAUGUAUUGUCUAAUCAAAAACCAGUUUUCAA